UCUCCACGCCCUGCCCGUUGUCCAUGGCCGUGGAGAGCCCGAGUGUCCCCCCCGCCGCCGCCGCUUCCCCCCCCAGCCCGCACUGCACCCCCCCUUCUCCGUCCUGCCACGGCAGCUGCAGCCUCCCCCGGCCGCCGCCGCCGCUCCAAGGGCACCAUCACGGCCCGGACGAAAGGGAGGAUGGCGAGCUGGAGGAGGGCGAGCUGGAGGAGGACGACGGCGCCGAGGAGGCUCCGGAGCGCUCCCGCUCCCGUUCCCGAUCCCAAUCCCGCUCCCAGUCCCGCUCCCAAUCCCGGCGGGAGCGGCGCCGCAGCGGCUCCGAGGACGAGAAGGGGCAGCGGCGCCUGAAGCGCAAACGCCGCAAGGAGCGCGACAAGGACAAGCGCAGGGCCAAGAAAAAGAGGAAAUCCAAGCACAAGCGGCACGCUUCGUCCAGCGAGGAAUUCUCGGAUUUCAGCGACGACUCCGAGUUCAGCCCCGGGGAGAAGGGACACCGGAAAUACCGGGAAUACAGCCCCGCCUACCCCGUGAGUUCAGCUGGGAAUACUGGGAAUAAAAACCGGGAAUUACCGGGAAUUACUGGGAAUAAAUACCGGGAAUACAGCCCUGCUUAUCCCCAUUCCCAGGCUCCGCGGCAGAGCCGCUCCAGGCCCGAUUCCCGCGGCUACGGCUUCGAGGAUCCCGAGGCCUUCGGCCCCAACGAGGAGGAGGAGGAGGCCAAGGACGGCUACGGAGACUUCGGAGCGGAGCUGAGCCCCUUCCGGCGCGGCAGGGAGCACGGCCAGAGGGCCAGGGGCCGGGGCCGGGCCCGCGGGUUCCGCGCUCGGGGCCGGGGCCGGGGCCGGGGGCUGGGCCGGGGCCGGGGCCGCGCCCGCAGCGACCCCGAGGAUGAGGAGGAGCCCUUCGAGGAGGAGAUGGAGUACUGCGAUCCCGAGGAGCCGCUGGGCGACGACGACUUCGACGACUACGCCAAGGAAUUGUCUCAGUACCGGCGCAGCAAGGAGAGGGGCCGGGGCCUGAGCCGAGGCCGGGGCCGGGCUCCGCGGGGCCGGGGCAGCAAAGGUCCCGGCCGGGGCCGCGGGAGAGGCCGGAGCGGGAUGGGAAAAUCCGGGAUCAACGACGACGACGACUUCUACGACGAGGAGCUGGGGGACGGGGGCGGAUACCGGCGGGGGGAGCACGACAAGCCUCACCUGCCGGCCGACAAGAAGGGCAAGGUCAUCUGCAAGUACUUCGUGGAGGGCAGGUGCACCUGGGGCGAUCACUGUAACUUCAGUCACGACAUUGAGCUGCCCAAGAAGCGCGAGCUGUGCAAGUUCUACAUCACAGGUUACUGCGCCCGCGCCGACAGCUGUCCCUACAUGCACGGGGAUUUCCCGUGCAAGCUGUUCCACACCACCGGGCUCUGCAUCAACGGCGACGACUGCAUGUUCUCCCACGCGCCCCUGACCGACGAGAGCCGGCAGCUGCUCGACAAGGAUUACGGCUCCUACGAGGCGGCCGAGGGGCCGGGGGGGGAUCCCCUGUUCCCGGAGGAUUCCCUGGAUGCCGAGGGCGCUGCGGGGAUGGGCGGGAUCGCCGGGAUCCCGGAAUUCCUGCCCUCGGCGCAGCGCGCGCUGUUCCUGCGCAUCCGGCACAAGCAGCGGGCGCAGGACGAGCGCGGCCGGAGAGCGGCCGAGGGCGGCCGGAGCGACAGGGAGCACGAGGAGGGCGACCCCGGCAAUUGGUACUCGAGCGACGAAGACGACGGCGGCAGCAGCGUCACCUCCAUCCUCAAAUCCCUGCGCCAGCAGAGCUCCGGCCGAUCCCAAAACCCCUCCGGAGACCCCCCCAGCGACCCCCGGCUCCAGAGACCCCCCCGUCCCUCCGACCCCCGGCUCCGGGACCCCCGGCUGGCCCGGAAUUCCGAGCCCCCCGCUUCGGAUCAUCCCUCGGAUCCUCGGCUGGCUCGGCACGGCGGCGGCGGCGGCGGCGGCGGCGGCGCUCCCCCUGCCCAGAAAGCGGCGGAGGAUGAGGAUGGGGAGCGGGUCCUGCGGGAUAAAGCCCUGAGCAUCCCGCUGGACGCCGUUCCCGGUUAUUCCCAGCGGGAUCCGCGCUGCCAGCUCCAGCAGUUCUCCCACAUCCGCAAGGACGUGGUGCUGAUCCGUCCUCCCUUCGCUCGCUCCGUGCUCUGGAGCCCCGAGGAUCUCAUCCCGCUCCCCGUCCCCAAGCAGGAUCCCGUUCCCGUUCCUCCUCCUCCUCCUCCUCCCGCCGACCCUCGGGUGCUCCGGCCGCCCUCGGACCCUCGGACGCCUCGUCCGGCUUCAUCCGAAUCCUCCUCCUCAUCCUCCUCCUCCUCCUCCUCCUCCUCCUCCUCGGCUCUUCCCAACUUCGAGCUCCUCUCCCGGAUCCUCAAAAGCGUCGCGUCCUCCUCGUCCGGGGACAAACCCAGCGACCCCCGCGUCCGGAAAGCCCCCAGCGACCCCCGGCUCCAGAAAUCCUCGGAGUGCGGCGACUCCCGGCUCCAGAAAUCCCCGGAGCGCGGCGACUCCCGGCUCCAGAAAUCCCCGGAGCGCGGCGAUUCCCGAGCCGAACCCGAUCCCGGCCCGGCCAUCGCUCCCUACGACCCCCGGCUGAGCUGGGGAGGCUCCGGCCAGAGCAGCGUCCUGAGCGCCAUCAGCCUUUACGACCCUCGGACUUGCAGCUCGUCCAAAGAACCCCAAAACGAUGGGAAUCCGUCCCAAAAAAAUCCCGGGGAAGGGGGGAGGAAAUGCCCCAAGGAUCCGCCCUUCGUGCGGCGCUCGGCGCUGGAACAGGCGGAGGAGAGGGCGGAGAGCUCGGACAGGUACAACAGCUACAACCGGCCGCGAGGCGCCAAAAUUGGGGAGGGGGUUUUUGGGGCGGGGGUCUCUCACAACCCCCCCGUGCCCCCCGUGUUUGGGGUGAGCCCCGGGAGGGACGAGGACGGGGAUAAAUCGCUCAAGGACGUCUUCAAAGGCUUCGACCCCACGGCGUCGCCGUUCUGUCAGUGA